UGUGUUUCUCCAGUAUCAGUGCAUCUGUCUUUACCCACAUCAUCAACGUCUCUUCAUCCAUCCCCCACCUCUACAUCCUAUAUUGCCAUUCUCAGCUAUCCUAAUACCAUCAGCAUGACUUCCCGCGUCUCAGAGAACGGCGACUCUAUCUCUAAAAGUCCAGCGCCCAAUCGAUCGAGUCAUGCUAGUGAUUCGUCUGAUGUAGGCAAUACUCUCAAGCAGAUUCAAGCAGCUGGAAUUCCUCUCACCCCCGACCUAUUGGAGCGCAUCUGCUACCCCACGCGCGAUAAUGUCACAACGCAACAAAAGCUGCGGAAGACUUUGGGUAAUCCCAUACCAGUCGCUUUAAUGGGCUUCCUCAUCUGCCUUUCGCCGCUGGCCUGUAACCUCAUGGGAUGGAGAGGUGCUAACGGAAAUGGAGCAGCUGGCAUUGGCUCUUAUUAUUUCUUUGGUGGUCUCUUGAUGAUUCUUGGUGGCUUCCUGGAGUUUGUCGUCGGCCGUACCUUCACCUUUGUUGUCUUCUCCUCAUUUGGUGGUUUCUGGCUCACCCUAGCCUCGACCCUUCAACCCUUCUACAAUGCUGCCGGAGCUUACGCACCGCCUAACGCUACUUCGCCCCAGCAAGGCUUCGCCACCGUCGGGUUCACCGCUUCUUUUGGAUUCUUCCAGGUAUUCAUGGCCUUGCUAUGUUUCAUAUACCUCAUCUGCUCCCUGCGCAUUAACGUCUGUUUCGUCAUCAUAUUCUUCACCCUCACCAUGGCCUUUUCGCUUCUCGCCGGCGUUUACUGGGAACUGGCUAGCGCUCUCGCCGGUGAAAUUGCAAAGGUCGAAGUGGCCCAUCGUUUACAGGUGGCUGCUGGUGCCUUUCUCUUUGUCACCAGUUUGACGGGCUGGUACACAUUUCUCGCCGUCAUGCUUCAAGCUAUUGAUUUUCCUCUACAAGUCCCAGUCGGCGAUCUAUCGACGUACAUGCGAGGUCGUUCCGAGAAACUCAGAGAGUCCUCCAACAUGGCUUAG